CGUCAUUCUGUCGCACCACGUGACACACGAGAGCUCUGAGUUGUUCUAUCUCGACGUUGAGAGUGAGGGGUUUGCAGUAAUUCCGGAUUUGCUCCAUCUCGGAAAUGAAUGAAUAAAUCACAGACGGCUGCGAUCCUUCUCUCCUUCCGUGCUUCCCGCGCGCACGCGCGCGUGUGCGUGUGUGUGUGUAUGUGUGUGUAAAGUGACGGGGCGGAAGAGGGGCUGGAAUUGCUCUGUGGAUGAGAGGUGAUCAUCAUCAUCAUCCUCAUCAGCGCCCUGAGUCUCCGAGUUCACUUGGACCAGCGACCAGGAUUCCGGAGUUCAAAAGUAAGCUGUCGUCCGGCGCGCGCGCACCCUUCAUUGUCGCCUGCGUUGCGAUUGAACUUUUGGAGCGCCUCAAAAGGGGGGAAAAAAGAAACGAAAAAUGAGCGACCUAGAGGAAGACUUUGCCAAGAUCUUGCUUCUGAAGGAGGAGAGAAUCCAGGAGCUGGAAAGGCGCCUGGCGGAGCGUGAGGAUGAAAUCCAGGAGCUGAAGCGGAAGCUGCACAAGUGUCAGUCCGUGUUACCGAGCGCGCAAGUGAUAGAGCCGAGGACACGGCGCGCGCAGGGCAUUUCAGCCGAACCGCAAACGCACCAGGAUUUAAGCAGACAAAGCUUCCAGAAAUACGCCAAAUCAGACAGGUCUAAGGACUUGAUCAAAGAAGCCAUCUUAGACAAUGACUUCAUGAAGAACCUGGAGCUGUCCCAAAUCCAGGAGAUAGUGGACUGCAUGUAUCCAGUUGAAUAUGGGAAAGACAGCUGCAUUAUUAAAGAAGGCGACGUGGGGUCGCUUGUCUAUGUAAUGGAAGAUGGCAAAGUGGAGGUAACAAAAGAAGACUUGAAGCUGUGCACUAUGGGGCCUGGAAAAGUGUUUGGAGAGCUUGCUAUCCUUUAUAAUUGCACGCGAACAGCCACAGUGAAGACUCUAACCAAAGUGAAGUUAUGGGCCAUCGACAGGCAAUGCUUUCAGACCAUCAUGAUGAGGACUGGACUGAUAAAGCAUGCAGAGUACAUGGAGUUUCUCAAAAGCGUUCCAACAUUCCAUAGUCUUCCAGAAGAAAUACUAAGCAAGCUGGCCGAUGUCCUUGAGGAGACGCAUUAUGAGGAUGGGGAUUAUAUAAUCAGGCAGGGUGCCAGGGGAGACACUUUUUUCAUCAUUAGUAAGGGAAAGGUGACCGUGACCAGGGAGGACUCUGCCAGUCAGGACACGGUGUACCUGCGCUCUCUGGGAAGGGGCGAUUGGUUUGGAGAGAAAGCAUUGCAAGGAGAGGACAUCAGGACAGCCAGUGUCAUAGCUGCAGAGACUGUAACCUGCCUUGUCAUUGACAGAGAAUCCUAUAAGCACCUUAUUGGAGGUUUGGAGGAUGUGUCCAGCAAAGGAUCAGAAGACGCUGAGGCCAAAGCAAAGUACGAGGCAGAGAACGCGUUCUUCUUCAACCUGCACCUGUCAGACUUCAACAUUAUAGACACACUUGGAGUCGGAGGAUUUGGACGUGUUGAGUUGGUGCAGCUUAAGAGUGAUGAGUAUAAGACAUUUGCUAUGAAGAUCCUGAAGAAACGCCACAUUGUAGACACCAGACAACAGGAGCAUAUUCGCUCUGAGAAACUCAUAAUGCAGGAAGCUCACUCAGACUUCAUCGUCAGACUAUACAGGACAUUUAAGGACAGUAAAUACCUGUACAUGUUGAUGGAGGCUUGUCUUGGAGGAGAAUUAUGGACCAUCCUCAGAGACAGGGGUUCAUUUGAUGAUUCUACUACACGAUUUUACACGGCAUGUGUAGUGGAGGCUUUCGCCUAUUUACAUUCAAAAGGUAUCAUUUAUAGAGAUCUCAAACCAGAGAACCUCAUACUGGACCACCGGGGCUAUGCCAAACUGGUGGACUUUGGCUUCGCUAAGAAGAUUGGAUUCGGGAAGAAGACGUGGACAUUCUGUGGUACACCAGAGUACGUAGCUCCUGAGAUCAUUCUUAACAAGGGUCAUGAUAUCUCAGCAGACUACUGGUCCCUGGGCAUCCUCAUGUAUGAACUACUAACAGGCAGCCCUCCUUUUUCAGGCCCUGACCCCAUGAAGACUUACAACAUCAUUUUAAGAGGAAUUGACAUGAUCGAAUUUCCAAAAAAGAUUACAAAAAAUGCUGCCAAUCUCAUUAAAAAGCUAUGCAGGGACACUCCUUCUGAAAGAUUAGGAAAUCUAAAAAAUGGCGUCAAGGAUAUUCAAAAGCACAAGUGGUUUGAGGGCUUUAACUGGGACGGUUUACGGAAAGGAACACUGGCGCCUCCCAUCAUCCCUAGUGUCACAUCAGCUACAGACACAAGCAAUUUCGACAGCUUUCCUGAGGACAACGAGGAUCCUCCUCCUGACGAUAACUCUGGCUGGGAUAUAGAUUUCUAAAUAUACGCACUACAAGCUUAUACACACCAAACUAAAGACCUGUUCCACUGUUGCCUGGAACAAAGCUGCUUCUUUUGGGACAGGCUGCAUUUAAAACUGCUUGAAAAGAGAAAGAGAGAAAAGAGGCUGAUCAGAGGGAAGACCAAACACUUCUUUUUGCUUUAGUCUCAACUGUUGAAGGAGAGGAAUUAAAGUCUGUGUGGGUUUACGAUACUUAGGACUGUUUAUACACCAGUCCUAAUUACAAGGGGGAAUAAUAUAUUCAUAUCAUUUGUGUGUAUGUGUGUGUGUAUGUGCGUGUGUGAAUGCGUACCUGCCACAAGCCCUUCUUAACACAGGAUAUUGUGGAUAUGUUGUAGCAGGUUGUAAACUUACUUGAUUGCUUUUUCUCCAUGAUUGGCUGCAAAGUCUUUUUGAACUCUUGUGCAGACUACUCAGUAAAGUGUGUUACACAAAAUUGGAUUCCAUCACUAUACAUCAAAGCCAGGAUUGUGUUCACACAGACACGAAUGUCACAAUAUCAGGUUAUGUCAGAACAUAUACAUAGUAAUAUAUUACAUGAUAAAGUUAUUCUGUAACUAAUGUUCAUUAAACAGCACAAAUUUAAGUUGGAUUCAAUGGAUAAUAACGCCUGGGAAUUCGUUCCAGAAGUGACCGAUGCUGAUAUUUGUAUAAUAAUGUAAUUAUUACAUUCUUAAAUUAUUGUUGGGUGUAAAUGAAGGUGACUGGUAUGGCUCUCAAGCUCAGAGCUUGUAUGGUUUAUCCCAGCUUCCAGUGUGCCUCAGAAUUACAACAUUAUUAAUUUAAUAUAAUAUGCCCAUAGAGCCCAUUAAAUUCAGGAUAAUCAGCUUUUGUGUAGUUGAACACAGCCCAUUAGUCUAUGUUCACAUUACAAAGUUGAAUUAGUUGAGUAAUUAAAUGUCUUAUUGGUUUUUUUUUUUUUUGCAAUCUGAUUUUGAACUCUCAUCAUCUGUUCCAUAUAGAAAAUUGCCAGAUUUGAAAUCUUUUAAGAUUAUUCUUUUAAAUAAUUCAAGAUAUUCUUUAAACAUCCCAGAAAUAAUCAGAAAAGGAGCAAAAAAGCUAUACAGCAGGUCUUUUUCUUCUGCUUCACACUUCUCAUCAACACCCAACAAGCUGCCUACUGACCUACUGUAUAAAGCAAAUAAUCUUCCGAGUUUAAAAUGCUGAUUUUAUUGCCUCAGCGAUGAUGGAUUUUCAGAAAUAUAUGAUUACCGAUUAUUAUUAUUAUUAUUGGUUUAGAAAGGCCUGAGCGGAGGAAUACAAAAAGUACAAUUGAGCAAUAAGGCUUGUAAUGUGAACAUAGCUGUAAGUCGAGGCUGUAAUGGGAAAUAAUUGUUUGUAAACCAGAAACCACUGUGAUCAGGCAGGUUGAUUUUUAACAGGCCUAUAAAGUGAGUCUUGAUAUGAUCAAAUAACUAUAGAUCAAUUCAGGUGAUUCACAGAUACAUUUCACUGAUUACAUUACAAAUGAGCUGACAAUGAAAAGAAACAGUGCCUUAAGUCAAUGGCAUCCUAAUUCUCUCUAGUAAUCAUCCGUGUGCUGCACCAAAGUGCUUGCCAUCAGAACACAUCCAUUUCCUUUACUAUUGCAAUCGUGUUACAAUCUGUUUUGGACAAUCUAUAGUGAAAAGUCACAUUUCUUUCUGUUUUUUUUUUUUCCUAAUCUAAAUCUGCACACAGCUAUACACUGUGAAAUUGGAUAAAGACACAGAUUCAUGUGUCAUUAAGGCAUGAGAUUGCCUUUGUAUUUUUAUGUGGCUUGACUGGCAGUGGCGAUGAAAACUAAUAGCACUGCGUUACCUGACCGUUUCAUCCUGUUUGUGAAUUUGCACUGUGCUGCAGUACUUAAUCCCGACUAUUAUAACAUAUAGGAUACAUCUUACUAUACUGCAUUGAGGUGCCCUCCUCAUCUGAGUCCUCGCUUCACUACUUACUGAUCCGGCAUAGCCACUGCAGCUAAACCAAGAGGAGAUGGCAGUCAUGAUUUGCAGUAAACUGCAUCUAAUGCUUUCUAUAUAGCCCACAAUGGACACAAUAUAAAUCUGGGGCAUUAUUUAUAAAUAACCACUUUUUUUUUUUUUUUUUUUUUUUGGGAGAGUUUCCUCAGUUGCUUAGACUGCCAGCAAUUGGCCAUCACAUGGUUCAUCAUUUGAAUGCCAACAAUGUGAUUUCUACCUACUUGAAAAUGAUCUAGCGCAGUACGAAUAUAUAAUAAUGAACAUUUCUUGAAUUGCCUAUUCGCAGUUGUGUCAUAAUACUGUACAUGUCCGUUGCUUAAAUUAUUAGGCUGUACUUAAAGGCAUUAGUAAUUUGACUGAAAAUCAUUAAUAUAUCAUUCCCUAGAUUAUGAAAUAUUUGACACUUCUUCAUGUGGUAUAAGACCUAGUCUGAACCGUCUUAAUUCUCUGAUCUGCCUUUACUUUUCAUGUCUAGAUUGCAUUCUUUAUUCUUUUUUUUUUUUUUAUCUUGGGUGGUGUGAUUUUUUUGCCAAGAUAUUUAUUUUAUAUGACUGCAUUUUGAGGUCCUUGUAGUGCAAAGCCACUUGCAGAGUGCCUGUUAUUAAUUUUAUAAUGCUGAAAUAAAGAUAAAUUACUUUUAAGUGUUA